ACCGAAUAUGACCAAUUAGGCCAAAAUUUGCUGAGAAUGCCGUCGAUCAAGACUCUCUAUCCCAGGGCGUGUGACAACCGCCUUCAAAAAAGCCAGCCGGUGCCAAAGAAGACCCGUCUAGCCUUUUGCAAGGCGGUCGGCACUAACUUCCUCCUCCUCCAACUUCUGUUCCUUGGUCUCUUCUGCUACAUCUUCGGCGCCCUGUUCCGACAGACUAGCCACACUCACAAUAUCCACGUCGUCUUUGUUGACUACGAUGGAGGGGCUAUCGGUAACGCUGUACGAAAUGCAUAUGCGUCGCUCCAAAGGGACGGCUUUCUCUCUUUGGUAGAACGAUCGCCCCUCGACCUUCAGACGCCAGCCGAUGUGCGGGAAUCAGUCUGUCAGGCGAGAUUCUGGGGAGCUCUAUAUGUGACUCGGGGCGCAUCAAAUAAGCUGCAGGAAGCGUUGACGAACAGUACGGCAGCGUCAGCAUAUAACAGCAAGGACGUGAUGACAUACGUUUGGAACGAGGCUUUAUAUGCACCUGUCGUCGAUUCCGCAGUAUCCGCAAACCUUCAGCUUCUGUCUGCCACUGCCAGAGUGGCAUACGCUACUGGAGAUGGAACAGGCAAUAUUCGGUCCGUCUCUGGUCGAGCUGCGCUGUCGGUCCUCGCAGAACCGUGGCAACUUCAAUCCAUCAACAUCCAGCCAACGACGCAAGGGUCCAGGGCAAUCUAUAAUACUGUGGUGAUCAUCAUGGUUCUCAUUCAAGAAUUCUUCUACCUCGGUACUAUCAACGGCCUCUAUGCUCAGUUUAAGAUCUAUACCCGCGUCGAUCCAUACCGCAUCAUCCUCGUACGCAAUUUAAUUUCCAUCACCUACACCUUCAUUGGGUCGCUCUGCGUUAUCGGCGCCAUAUGGGCUUUUAAGUCAGGCUGGAACAUCAAUGGAAAUCAAUUCGUCUUGUCCUGGGUCACAUUAUGGCUUUUCGCACACGCCAACUUUCUCACUCUGGACGUCUUUACGGUAUGGCUGCCACCUCCGUUUGUUCCCAUGGCUCUUAUAUCCUGGAUCAUCUUAAACGUCACGUCUAUUUUGUUGCCGUUUGAUCUAAGCCCGGCAUUCUAUCGCAUUGGGUAUAUGUUCCCGGCUCACGAGGUCUAUCAAAUUCUGACAGACAUAUGGUCGGGCGGGUGCAAUCCGCAACUACACUAUGCGUUACCGAUUUUAUUUGCCUGGGAGGUGGUAAGCUUUCUCUUGAGUGCUCUAGGGGUCUUUCGCAGAUGUCACUUCGCAGUGCUCGGAGAAGAGCUGCAGGCAAAGGAGUUCAAGGAACGCCUUGACGUUGCCACGGCAUUUGAGAAGGAAAGGCUAAAGGAGAGAAGGCCCUCGCGGCCAGAGCCUACGACACCGGAGGCUAAAGAAGAGCCCGAAGAACCAUCGUCGGAGGCAAAUGUUGUCGAAGACAGAGACGAAGAAGAACUAGCCGGCGUCCUCAAGCGAGUCACCACGAGGCAACGACGGGAUCAAGAAAGGGCGAAUACAGCUUGCCAUUUUGGCCCGUCCUUCGAUCUGCCAUUUAAUAUCGAGAGUAGUGAUGAAGAGUAAUUGGUGGGGGAAAGGUUCACGGCGACCCAGAAGUCACAAAUUGCAGGAUAUAUAUUUUUUACAUACUAUUUGGGCUUUGGAAUGUUUUAAGAAUGAGAACACAUGUGUUUACU